AUGUGUAAGUGUGCCUUACAGGCAUUGGUGAUGCAGCGGACCAACGUUGACAUCGGCUGGAAUACAAGAAAGAUUUCUGUCAUUCAGCAGAUGAAGCUGAGCCGCAACAUCGAGAAGAGCGUAAAGACGGUUCACUUUGACGGUUUCGACCACUUCCAUAAGGCUCAAAAGUUCGUCGCGAAAUUUUUCUGGAUGAUGCUAUUCGCCUUCUCGCUGAUAUGCGUUUUCUACGAAAUAUACCGGCUGAUUUGGCGCUACAACCAUAUACCUGUGAUCACUACGAUUUCGACGCGUCUGGCGACCAGCAUGCAGCUGCCCACGAUCGAGAUCUGCUUACCGGUGAUCAUCGGCCAGAAGCAUUUGGACAACAUUCCUCACGGUGCCGACGUAGCAGAGGCAAUCAGCCGAAGUAUGAUGUCUGCAUCGCCGGUAGAGAUUCACAGAAUUCUCACUCCACCCAACUACUCGGUGACAUGGGCGUCGCAAGAAUCAGAGGAACUUUUUCAGGCAGUCUUUCCCGACGAACGCACCUUACCGUUUGCUCAGAUUCUUGAAUUAAACAACACCACUGAAACUGUCUUGUCUCUCGACCUAAACGAUAUGAACAAGGUUUAUAAAAUGUUCAUGCAGAUGGGAUUCAGCAUAAGGGAAGUGUUUCUAGAAUGCAUGUUUUAUAACAACAUCUACAAGAGACUGGAUUGCGAAGACAUCAUUACGGAAAUUUUCAAUCCCCGUUUCGGCAAAUGCUUCCUCAUUCCUCCAGGAAAGCUUAAGCAGACUUUUCCAGGGGAAGCCUUGAUGCUGUUCAUUGAUUCCCAGGUAUCAAACUAUCCAGCAUCUGAAUUUUUAAGACAAACGACUGCUGGUUUAACUGUUGUGCUACAUCAUCAAUAUCUGUACGCGCCUUACACCACCAGAGAGGUACAUGUUCAACCUGGAAUGUUCAAUAAAAUCACCAUUCUUCCUGAGUACCAUAAGUACCUUUCAACUAAAGGAAAUCAAAGAAUCGUUGAAAGACGUUCUUGCACCUCUGACGAUGAAGGUGAUCUCAGUUUAUUCCUCCUUAACUACACAAUCUCGUCCUGCGUCUUCGACGUUGUUCAGAGGACCGUUAUUGCCCACUGUAAUUGUUACCUUCCCCAAGAUCAGCGAUUCGUCGCAUCGACCGUGCUAUCUCUCAGCCGAAUGUGUUCCCUCUUCGACGUGCACCACUGUGUGAUACCAAAAAUCCAUCUAAACGACUCGGUGAGACUGGGUAUGCUAAAUUCCUUAAAGCGCUGCUCUGCUCGCUGCAACUUUUGGAAAUACAGUACACGGGUGAGCACGAUGCACAUGCACAAGCCGUUCAUCGACUACUUCCUGAGGAAGAACCUCUCUCUGGACGACGUUGUCCUUCUUCAGAUAGCCUUUGAAGAUCUGCGCUACACGGCUCUAGACCAGCAGUGGGCAACCGAUAUCCACGGCUUAAUCUCAGACGUUGGCGGACAAGUUGGUUUGUGGAUCGGUGGCUGCAUGGUGACCAUCAUACAGCUCCUGAUCGUUGUUUGCAUUGCCGUUGUUAAUUAUUUCAUAAGGAUGCUAAAACAAAUCAAAAUUAAGAUAGGUGAAUAA